AUGAACGGCACCGCCGCCCUGGAGUCCUGCCUGCAGCUGGCGGCCCGGGGACACAGCCGCCUCCUGCUGCUGCAUUACAACCACUCGGGGCGCCUGGCGGGCCGCGGGGGCCCCGGCGGCGGCGGCGCGGAGCCGGCGGGCGGCGUGGGCGUGCUGCGCGGCCUCUUCGUGGCGGUCAGCUGCCUGGUGGUGCUGGAGAACCUGCUGGUGCUCGCGGCCAUCGUGCUCCGCCUGCGCUCGCGCCGCUGGGUGUACUACUGCCUGCUCAACAUCGCGCUCAGCGACCUGCUGACGGGCGCCGCGUACCUGGCCAACGUGCUGCUGUCGGGCGCGCGCACCUUCCGCCUGGCGCCCGAGCAGUGGUUCCUGCGCGAGGGGCUGCUCUUCACGGCGCUGGCCGCGUCCACCUUCAGCCUGCUCUUCACGGCGGCCGAGCGCUUCGCCACCAUGGUGCGGCCGGUGGCCGAGAGCCGCGCCACCAAGACGGGCCGCGUGUACGGGCUCAUCGGGCUGUGCUGGCUGCUGGCCGCGCUGCUGGGGCUGCUGCCGCUCCUGGGCUGGAACUGCGUGUGCGCCUUCCCGCGCUGCUCCAGCCUGCUGCCGCUCUACGCCAAGGAGUACAUCCUCUUCUGCGUGGCCGUCUUCGGCCUGGUGCUGGCGUCCAUCCUGCUGCUCUACGGGGCCAUCUUCCGCGUGGUGCGCGCCAACGGGCGCCAGGCGCCGCGGCCGGCCGCGCGGCGCAAGGCGCGCCGCCUGCUCGUCACCGUCCUGCUCAUCCUGCUCGCCUUCGUGCUGUGCUGGGGGCCGCUCUUCGGCCUGCUGCUGGCCGACGUCUUCGGCUCCAACGUCUGGGCGCAGGAGUACCUGCGCGGCAUGGACUGGAUCCUGGCGCUGGCCGUGCUCAACUCGGCCGUCAACCCGCUCAUCUACUCCUUCCGCAGCCGCGAGGUGUGCCGGGCCGUGCUGGGCUUCCUGUGCUGGGGCUGCCUCCGCCUGGGCCUGCGGGGCCCCCGGGACUGCCUGGUGCGCGCCGUCGAGGGCCCCGGAGGGGCGUCCACCACCGACAGCUCGCUGCGGCCCCGUGACAGUUUCCGCGGCUCCCGCUCGCUCAGUUUCCGCAUGCGGGAGCCACUGUCCAGCAUCUCCAGCGUCCGGAGCGUCUGAGGGAUGCGGGGACCGGAGCGGGGAGGCCCCGCAGC